GCUGUCAAGGGAUCGAGACUCGUGUGACUGUGGCUGUCCCGCCGUGCCAGCUCGGGUCGUUCUGUCUGGAGGAAAAAAAAAAAGAAAAGCAAAACAUCUCUUCAUUUGGAUGUAAGCAAAGGGGAGGCAGAGGCCGCGGUUGUAAAUUGGAGCGAGGAAACUCUGCGGGGCCAGGAGGACGAUCAAUACACUUUUUUUUUCAUUUGAUACCGCUUGUCCUCACUCAGAUGUGAUAACGUUAGCUGACACGGGACAAUGGAACGGUUUGUAUUCGGUGUAUUUCUUUUUUGAAACGAGCGCAGACACGUCUCCAAAAUCACACCUUGGUGCUCACUGUAGCGCAGCGCAAAGUGGAGGACAACUUCACUCCCAACUUCACUGGAAUGAUGCGUGGCUUUUAUCCUCCUCUGCUCCUGGGUGUCGGGAUUUUCUGUGCUGUGUGCAAAGUGUCGGAAGGCCAGGAGGUAGUGGAUGACUCUCCAUCUCCAGUUUAUUCCUCCAUCAUAUUCCAAGUGGGCCAUGUAGACCAUGUGUUUGUGCAGCAGAACAGGCCUGAGGCAGCAGCUAACUCCAUCCUCAAGUCUCAGACACAGAGCUUCCUCAUCACUGGCUCCAGAGCUGGGCCCCUUCAGCCAGCAGUUAAUGCUUCCUAUGGACCCCUGUCUGUAGAUGCUCCCAUCACUCCAGACCUGCUCCUCAGUGGAUACAAGAUCCAGCCAGUCAUCUUAACGCGCCAGGUGCGUUCCUCCUCACCUGUGGUGAAAAUCCUGUUCCACAUGUCUUCACAGGGGGACAUCUCUGUGGCAGAAGGCAUCAGGAGUGAAGGCAGUGGAGCUAAGAGCAAAGAUGGGGCUCAUUGUGUGACCGCCUACGCCUUUUGGGAGACCAGAGAAGUCCGUGGGGCAUGUUGGGUAUCUCCUGGUGGUUUCUGUGUGGCUCAGCUAAAGCCAGAACCAGCGUGGUUCAGCUCUUCCAGCCGCUCGGGCAGCUCCAGUGGAGAGACAGGGAGGAGCGAGGGCGUGCGUGGGCUCCAGGGGAACCAAGCGGAGGUGUACUUCCAAAGCCGCAGUGAGCUGACAGGCCCAUGCACCCCUCAGGACAGCCUGCAGAGACUGUGGGUGGGCCGGGCCAGAGCUCCUCAGGGCUCAGGGACACCCAUGAGGCGCAUAGGGAGUGUCACCCUGCUCCGGACACCACCAGGAAACCCCACCUAUCUGCGACUCAGGCUGGGAGGAGCUGUGGUCAUCCAGACCUCGUCCAAACCACUGAAGACCACUGAUGUAGCCACCUUUUACAUUUUCUUGGCCAGCAUUUCUACCUUGGAGAACUUUACUCUGAGGGCGACAGUGAAGAGCGGCCUGUCCUUCAACGCUGCUCGCCCCAGUGACUCUGCUCUGUGGGACAUCGUGGUAGAACCGGGCCUCGGCGCCACUCCCUACACCGUCUCCGUCUUCUGCCAGAGGAAAGUGGCUGUGACUGCAAAGAGGGGUCUUCUGGAGGUCUUGCAGCUGGACUUUGUGCCCAGUGAUAUUGCAGAACACAUUGAGAGUCAGAUGAUCUCGUGGCGUUUGGAGAUUCCAGGAAAUGUGAAAGAUGUGGGCCUGAUCCGAAUGUACACGGCACAAAGAGACUAUGUGGGCCUUGCUCCGCUGGUCAUGAACGCUGAUGUUUUAAACACUGCGGUGCUGACAGGUAAAAAUGUGUCUGUCCCCGUGAAGACUCUGGCAGUGGAAGCAGACGGCUCUGUGACCGAUGUAACCAAAUACACCAGCUGCACAUCCAUGCAGCAGGACGUGCUCAAGGUCUCGGAGCGCUGUGACUAUGUCUAUGUGGAUGGUAAGGAGACGAUGGGGAGGAGCUCAGUGAUGGUCAACUUCACUUAUGGUUUCCUGAGCGCACAGCUGGAGAUGAGAGUGUGGAUGCCACGUCUGCCCAUGACUAUCCAGAUAGCCGACCCAGAGCUGAGUCAGAUCAAGGGCUGGAGAGUUCCCAUCACCACGGGCAGCAGGAGGUCAAACUGGGACAGCGAGGAGGAGGAGGAGAUGAGGAAGGGCAGAGGCUGCAUGCUGCAGUACCAGCACUCUCCCAUACGAGUGCUAACUCCUUUCAUAGCCCAGUCUGACGCAGAAACCCUACCUGUACCUCCGACUCAAGAGGAGCCCGUGGAGUACUUCAUGGGACCAGACUGGCAGGUGGAUGUGACCAGUCUUGUGCACAGUUCUGUGAAAGUAGCAGAUCCAGAGGUCGCCAGAGUGUCUGAUGGUGUAAUCCUGCAAGGACGAGCUGUGGGCACCACCACUGUAAUGGUGGUAUCCCCAGUCACUUCCUCUGUGCUGGCAGAGAGGACCAUCAGGGUAGUGGAUGAUAAAGUCAGUGUGACAGAGCUUGGUGUACAGCUGGUCUCGGGGCUUUCUCUGUCUCUGCAGCUCAGCCCCGAAGGCAACAGGGCAAUAGUCGCCACGGCAACUAUCCGGGAGGUCAUUACACAGCUCAAACAGGAAGCAGUGGUCACCUGCUGGGUCCAUUUCAGCGAUGGGGCGGUUGUUCCUUUGGACCUGUUUGAGCGCUCUCUCUACUCCUUGAGCGUCAGCACUCCUGAUGACAGAGUGGCUACUGUACGCCGCACCCCACAACACACAUUUGUACUGGCUCAAAGUCAAGGGGAGGGCCAGGGUGCGCUGGUCCGUGUGGAGCUGAGGAUCUGUGAGGACUGUCAGAAGUCCAAGAGGAAGAGCAAACUGGUGGUGGGCACUGGUCUGCUCCAGAUUAACUUUCCGAGUAACAGCAUAUCUGCAGAUGAAGAUGAGAUAGGGAUAGGCACUGACAGCGUUAAAGGUUCCCCAUCAGAAGUGGUGGGCGAGAUUAAAACAUCCCAGCGUGCUGUAACAGAUGGUGAUAAGCGCUUGUUUCAGAGCACAGUAACUGAUCCAACCACUCCUGUGGAAAUAACCGCUUCCACCAUUCUAUCCACCAGAUCUGUGCUGCCACAUGUCAUAUGGAUCAGUAAUACCAGCAGGGCCACCAGAGCCACUACAUAUGCUGCAGCCACCACAGUCACAACAGUUAGCCCCACACUCAAUACACCACAGAGUAUCACCAAGCCCACCACAACAGCAGCAGUAACAGUGAAAGAAGGUGGCAAAAGCUUCGGUAGUAUGGUUGAAAAGUCUGAUUUACCUGCUAACAAGGACAUAACUAAAGCUGAGCUAACCCCUAAGAAGGAGCCACCCAGAUCCAAAACUCCUACUUUUAUCGAAAGUGAUCUGAUAAGGACAUUCCGCUCCAUGUCUGACAUAGAAAUAGGCAUGUACGCUCUGGUUGGAGUAUCAUGUGUGGCCAUUUUAGCUUUCCUGCUCAACUGUGCUUCUUACACCUUGUGCUUUCGUAAUCAGAAGACACCUAUACAGGCCCCGCCUCCUCCCCCAGGCGACCCUAAAGAUCAUAAGCAUGACUGGGUGUGGCUGGGGAGCGGCAACAACCACCACCGCAACCCACCACCGCCAGGUACUCCAGCCCCCGUGGGUACGCUGAAGCGAGAGCGCUCUCUAGAGUCACGCCAUUCAGUUGACUCAAUGGGACAUCACCAUCAUCAUAACAUGGAAAAUAGCAUACCGACAGUGACCAUGCCUGCUAUCCCAGAGAGAACUGCCACACUGGGGAGGUGCCGUACAACCUCCCAGCAGCAGUUACCAGGCAAGCCCAUCGACCCCAUGGCUAACCGCUCAGCCACAUUGCUAUCCACACCACACCGUACCGAGCCGCUGCACUCGCCAACCAGUAAGAGAAACCAGGUCCAGUUUACCACCUUCACCACACUGGACAUUAAGCACUUGGCUGCCCUGAAGAAAAAUGGUGUAGACCUAAAUUGGGCUAACCAGCAGGUGCAGCCACCCCCACCACCUCCAGAACCUCAGACACCCCUCCCUGACAUGCCCUGGCCUGUAGUGACACCCGUGGGAGAGCCCCAGUGAGCAGAUUGGAACUGGAUAAUAUGUACCAGAGCUUGUGUCCAAAAAGGCUUUUGUAAAUGAAAUGGAAAAAUAAAUUGUUUCUGGCUGAUGUGUUUAUUGACAAAGACUGUAUGAAUAGAAUGUGUAAAUAAUCACUGUAAUGACAUUUAAAUACAGUGGGAAAGAAAUACAUAAUAUAUUACAGUGACAGCAGUUUGAAAUGUUGAAACAUUUUUAUGUGAAGAUUUUUUAUGUACUAUGACAAUAAUACAACAAUAUUGUAAAUAGUCCUAUAUUUAUACAGUGUUAUUCUCUGCCUAACUUAUACUUACUUACACAUGAUUCUUUGGUUUUUGUACACUCUGACCUUUUCUUUCCUCAAACAGCAGAUGUAUUUCUGAUUGUCAGGGUGAAUGUACUAAAGCAGGGUGAUUUCUUGUAAAUGAUUCUAUGUUUUGUUUCCAGCUUUUCUUGUUUUAAUAUUUGAGUCCUCCAGAGAAUACCUGAAGAGUGUGUGCAAUUUGUCAGACAAUAUGCAGCGUUUAUUAAGUUACUGGCAACAGUUUUACCAUAUUCUGGGCUGGAUUUAUUCAAAUCAAGUGCGUGUUAUGCAAAUAUAGUCAGUGCAGACUUUAAAAUGGACACUUUUUUGAAUUUCUUAACAAAGUUACCCUGGCCUUCCUCCUCUCCAGGGGAGUUUGCUACUCCAGAUUGUCUAUUGUUGGCCUCCCAAAACAGGAAUGCAAAUUUCACAGUGACUGAUUUGUAUGUGUAAAUGAGAAACUAUGAUGCCUUUUCUAUGUAAAACACCUACUUUUAACCAAACUGUGAUGUAUUUCCUACACUGGCCUAUCAAUAAAGACCUAAUGGAGACAGUGG